CGCAAUUCCAUAUUCCGAAUUGCAAUUUCAGCCGCAUAGAGAGAGAGAGAGAGAGAGAGAGAGAAUCGCAGAGCGAGGGACGGCGGAAAGAAGUUUAAUUUAAGGAAAUGGCAGAGAAUCAUCCGUCGACGCCUGAUUCGCCGACGUCAGUCGGGUUCAACACGGAUCAGUUGCCUCACACGAGCCGCACCUCCGAGAACUUCUCGUCCUCCUCUUCCGACGACGAGGCCGCCGUCGACCCCGAAAUCGUCCGAGAUGAACCCGACGACGACCCCCUCCUUGAAGAGGAGGAGGGAGAGGAUCUCUUCCACGACAAUUUCUUGGAUGAUUAUCGGAGAAUGGAUGGGCACGACCAGUACGAGUCGGUGGGGCUGGAUGACUCCGUUGAGGACGAAAGGGAUUUGGAUCAGAUCAUGGCUGACCGCCGUGCCGCGGAAGUCGAGCUUGAUACCCGUGACGGCGUCCACACCUCACGCAAGCUCCCCCAUCUUCUCCAUGACCAAGAUACUGACGAUGACAGCUACCGGCCUUCGAAGAGGGCAAGGGCGGAUUUCAGGCCUCCGAGAAGCUACGAUGAUACAGAUGGAAUGCAGAGUUCACCCGGAAGAUCACAGUCGCAGCCCGAACACUCCCGAGAGACUGAUGAUGACGGCGAUGAGAAUGAUGAAGACGAAGAAUUUGAAAUGUAUCGUGUUCAAGGAACACUCAGAGAGUGGGUUACUAGAGACGAAGUGCGAAGAUUUAUAGGCAAGAAAUUCAAAGAGUUUUUACUCACCUAUGUGAAAAAGGAUCACAAUGAUAUCGAAUGUGUGCGCCUCAUUAAUGAGAUGGUGUUAGCCAAUAAGUGUAGUCUGGAGAUUGAUUACAAGCAAUUCAUCCAUGUUCAUCCCAAUAUUGCCAUUUGGUUGGCUGAUGCCCCCCAGUCUGUCCUGGAAGUUAUGGAAGAUGUUGCCAAGAAUGUUGUGUUUACUUUGCACCCCAAUUACAAACGUAUCCAUCAAAAAAUCUACGUUCGGAUAACUAACUUACCUGUUUAUGAUCAGAUUCGCAACAUUAGGCAGGUCCAUUUGAAUACCAUGAUUCGUAUUGGAGGGGUUGUGACCCGACGCUCUGGGGUCUUUCCCCAGUUGCAGCAAGUAAAGUAUGAUUGCAAUAAAUGUGGGGCAAUCUUGGGGCCAUUCUUUCAAAAUUCUUAUUCAGAAGUGAAAGUUGGUUCUUGCCCUGAAUGCCAAUCAAAAGGACCAUUCAGUGUCAAUAUUGAGCAGACAAUAUACAGGAACUAUCAAAAGCUUACACUCCAAGAGAGCCCUGGAAUUGUCCCCGCAGGUCGGCUUCCAAGAUACAAGGAAGUGAUACUAUUGAAUGAUCUAAUUGAUUGUGCUCGUCCAGGGGAAGAGAUUGAGGUCACUGGCAUUUAUUCAAAUAAUUUUGACUUGUCUUUGAAUACAAAGAACGGGUUUCCUGUAUUUGCCACUGUGGUUGAAGCAAAUUAUAUCACUAAGAAGCAAGACCUCUUUUCUGCUUACAAACUUACUCAGGAAGAUAAAGAAGAGAUUGAAAAGUUGUCUAAAGACCCAAGAAUAGGAGAAAGGCUUAUCAAGUCAAUUGCGCCAUCAAUCUAUGGUCAUGAGGACAUAAAGACUGCAAUAGCUCUUGCCAUGUUUGGAGGCCAAGAGAAGAAUGUUGAGGGAAAACACAGACUAAGAGGGGAUAUAAAUGUUCUUCUCUUAGGUGACCCUGGCACGGCGAAAUCACAGUUUCUUAAGUAUGUUGAAAAGACUGGGCAGAGGGCUGUGUAUACUACUGGUAAAGGUGCAUCUGCUGUGGGGCUCACAGCAGCUGUCCACAAGGAUCCUGUUACAAGGGAGUGGACUCUUGAAGGAGGAGCGCUUGUUCUAGCUGACAAAGGAAUAUGUCUUAUUGAUGAAUUUGACAAAAUGAAUGAUCAGGAUAGGGUGAGUAUUCAUGAAGCAAUGGAGCAGCAAAGUAUUAGCAUAUCAAAAGCUGGGAUUGUCACUUCUCUCCAAGCACGCUGCUCUGUCAUUGCAGCUGCAAACCCUGUUGGAGGAAGAUAUGAUUCCUCUAAAACAUUUGCGCAAAAUGUUGAGUUAACAGAUCCAAUCAUCUCUCGUUUUGACAUCCUCUGUGUUGUUAAGGAUGUGGUUGACCCAGUCACUGAUGAAAUGCUUGCAAAGUUUGUCGUUGAUAGUCACUUCAAGUCGCAAGCUAAGGGAGCUAAUAUGGAUGAUAUGCCUAUAAGCGAAUCCCACGAAGAUAGUGAAGCCUCUGCCAACCCAGUAGAUCCAGAGAUAAUUCCUCAAGAUAUGCUGAAGAAAUACAUAACAUAUGCCAAGUUAAAUGUAUUCCCAAGGUUGCACGAUGCUGAUUUGGAAAAGAUCACACGUGUUUAUGCUGAUAUGCGGAGAGAAUCUUCACAUGGACAAGGAGUACCUAUAGCCGUAAGGCACAUUGAAUCAAUGAUCCGAAUGUCUGAAGCACAUGCAAGAAUGCACCUUAGACAGCAUGUAAUACAAGAAGAUGUGGACAUGGCAAUUCGUGUAUUACUCGAUUCAUUCAUCUCAACCCAAAAAUUUGGGGUGCAGAAAGCUCUGCAAAAGAAAUUCAGAGAAUACAUGACUUAUAAGAAGGAUUACAAUAGUGCGGUCCUUCAUUUACUCCGUCAGCUCGUGAGGGAUGCAAUCCGCUUUGAAGAAAUUGUUUCUGGCUCUGCCUCAGGGCUCACCCACAUUGAUGUAAAAGUGGCAGAUUUGCAGAGGAUGGCGCAGGAGUAUGAGAUCCUUGAUCUGCAACCCUUCUUCACAAGCGCUAGUUUCUCAGGAGCCAACUUUGAGUUGGAUGAAGAGCGUGGAUUGAUACGGCAUCACCUUGCAAGAUGAUGAUUGGAAGAAGUAUCGGUUUCAAAAUUUGCUUGAAACACAUCAAUCAGUGGUCUUGCAUAAGUAGCACGAGCAAAAAUGUCGCGGUAGUUUUGACUGCAGGAUUAUGAACUGCAUAGUUAGAAAUUAGAUAGAUUUUGAACUAAAUCUUACGAUUUGCAUUUGGUUUCGAUGCUAAGAUAACGUUUACUGGUUUCUCUAGCUGCUCGCUCCAUAGAAUUUGCCCCUCAGAUUUUCUUGUUUUUGGUGUUGGGUCUUUUAAUUUUUUUUAUUCGUCGAAAAUAAAAAGGUGCAUGAUGAUUUUUUA